AACGGCCCUCCCGUGUCCUCGUAUCCAUCGAUGGGAUGGCGGAGAUCUCGAAAUCGACGGUGAGCUCUCUCCAAACCUCGCUUCGGUCUCUCCGCCAUUUUCUUCUUAAGACGCUGCGCUCUCCCUCUUCGAUCUUCGCUGCCAAAUCCACACACUCUCUCUCUCUCUCUUGGUCGAUCCAACUUGCUGAAACGGUUCUGUCGAUAGGGUUCUGCUCUUGCAGGCCGCAUCUGAUUGGUAGGGCAGAGUAGCACUGAUCGAUGGCGUCCAUCUCUGUCCCGUGCCCCAAGUGCAAUGCGGUCACCUUGAAUGGCUCUGGGACCUAUCGCCCUCGGUCAAAGAUGAACUUUUUGGAUCUGAGAUCUUCGUGGGUUCCUUCAUCUCAGAACCUUGGUCGUAGACAUUUUCCCAUUCUACGUGCCCAAUCUCCAGAGGUUGCCUUGAAGGAUCGAUCAAAUUCUUCCCCUUUCGUAGCAACAGAGUCAGAAACUUUACCAGUGAAGAAUAAAGAUGUUGAUAUAGUGGAUAAAUCAACUGAACAAGAACCCAUACCAGAGUCAACUAUAUCUGCAUUCAUGAGUGAAGUUUCAAGUCUUAUUGAGCUUGUGGAUUCAAAAGACAUAACAGAAUUGCAUCUAAAGAAUGGAGAUUGUGAGUUCACUAUAAAGAAAAAAAGUGCCUUUCCCCAAUCAUCAAUUGCUGCUGCUCCUACUCUGAUACCAUAUCCUCAAACUAUGCUUCCACCUCAAUUUUCUGUAUCUCAUGAUCCUCCUGCUCCAGCAAAUCAGGUUGUAGCAGCUCCUGCACCUGCACUGCCUCCUCCAUCAACUGCUGGAAGCAAGUCAUCAAUUCCACCUCUUAAAUGCCCAAUGGCAGGGACAUUUUAUCGAUGCCCAGCUCCAGGGGAGCCUCCAUUUAUCAAGGUUGGUGACAAAGUUCAGAAAGGACAAGUUGUUUGCAUCAUUGAGGCUAUGAAACUGAUGAAUGAUAUUGAGGCUGAUAAAUCAGGUACUGUAGUGGAGAUACUUGCUGAAGAUGGCAAGCCCGUUAGCGUUGACAUGCCUUUACUAGUCAUUCAACCCUGACAGGUCAGUUUCUAGAUGCAGGGCAAGUUUCAAUAUUGGGUGAUAAUGAAUCAAUCAAUCUGCUGAUACUCAUUCUUAGUGUUGUCUUCUUUAAAAUAACCUAUCAUGUGGUUGCUGCGUUUUACAAGGUUUAAGAAAAUAAAAAAGAAAUCAUUUUUGUUGAGGAAAAAAAAAAGAGACGGGCUAUGUUGCAUGCAUGCAUUUUCUGAUUGAUAUGUAAGUGGACAAAGCUAAUUUUGCAUGUACCAUGAUUGAUGAACUUCUGUAAGCAAAUCUGUGCGCCAUUA